AGGACCAAGUUCGCGUCCUCGCAGCGUGGACUUCUCCUGCGGGUUCAUAUCCAACAUAAACCUAUAAACAUGUCCCAGCGCUGCAUGAGCUGCUCUUCUCAAGGUUUCAUUCCUGUCUGUGGAAAUUAAACGCGUCUGGAUUUUAAUGGUCUAUAACUUACAAAGUGGAGCAGCUGAGAGGUUCAGGUUCAUCUGCAGUGCAGCGAGCAUUUUAUUAAGUUGCUCAUGAUUGAGAUCAAUCAGGAACACCAGCUCCAGUGCAUAAGGAGGAGUGAGUGACCUGCACACCAGGACUGGAGUUCAUCAGGGUCCGUCCAUACCAUUUACCACCCCUAUUUGGGCAUCAUGGAUUUCAACCACUGAAGGAAAAACUGCAUGACAUCAGAACUCAUCCUGUGUGACCCCAUCACUCAGUUUCGUGAUUAAGACUCAUCAGGUUCCUCAUCAUGGGAACUGCUUUGUCCCUCUCUCCGGGUCCCCAAAAAUCUGAUUACUACGACGACCGGCCUAACUCCCUCAGCCGCUACCCGAGCUUGAGCAGCCGCUCUUUGACCACUCAGAAGGAGCAUGGGCUCAAAUCACGUGGACAAUCCAUUUUCCUGCCUGCUCUCACCUGGAAACGUCUGGUGGCCUCCACUAAGAAACGGGGUUCUUCCAAGAAAGGGUUUCCCACCAGCCAAGGAGCCAUUGGAGCUCCACUUCACAACAACAACCACAUCUACCAGAAGGACCCUGUCUCACACCUGAACCGGGAGAAUGUAAAAAAGUCCCUCUCGUGUGCAAACCUUUCCAGCUAUGAUGGUCCAGCAGGUCUGGGCUUGGGAUUGGGCUUGAACUUGGGCUAUGUUAAGCCACAGCAAGUUUCCUCAGUCAAAAAGGUUUCUCAUGGAAACUCUUCUCCAAAACGCGUGAUUGUCCAAGCAUCUACCAGCGAGCUCCUGCGAUGUUUGGGUGAAUUUCUAUGCGGACGAUGUUAUCGGCUCAAGCUCCUUUCCCCCUCUGAUCCGGUUCUGUGGCUACGUGCUGUAGAUCGCUCACUUCUGCUCCAGGGCUGGCAGGACCAAGCCUUUGUGACACCAGCAAACGUAGUGUUCAUCUAUAUGUUGUGCCGAGAUGUGGUGGAUGGUGAGGUUGUGUCCUCAGAACAUGAACUCCAAGCUGUCCUUCUCACCUGCCUCUACCUGUCCUACUCAUACAUGGGCAAUGAGAUCUCUUACCCACUCAAGCCCUUCCUGGUGGAAGCAGCUAAGGAGGCGUUUUGGGACCGAUGCCUGGCUAUCAUCAAUGCCAUGAGUGCCAAGAUGCUGCGCAUCAAUGCAGAUCCACAUUUCUUCACUCAGGUAUUUGCGGAACUGAAAAGCGAAGGUGGAUGCGGACUACAGGAUUAUGGACGAUUGUUGGAUCGGUGAGUGGGCAGGGAGUUGAACUUCCUCCUUCACUGUAUCCCCAGUCGUAAUCUUUCUUUGUGUUCUUCUCCAAGUCCUGUUGUGAAGAAUCAGUGUCUCUUAAUACCUCUGUGGUGUGGUGUAAAGAUCUGUAGGGUCACUUUAAACCAGUCCAUCAUUGUUGGGUCACAGUGUGUUGGGCACCCGACCUUAUUUCAACUCUGAUAUCGACCUCAUAGAUGUUAAAACUGGAUAGCGGAUCUAUGUUAAUUUCCGGACAGACGUGAGGUGCCUUGAGAGAGAAGCAUGUUGAAGACUUUUUGGAAAUCCUGCAAAAUUUGCAUUUCGACACGUGAUCAAAUGGCAUCGGGUCAAUAGACUGGAAGCAGUUUUCGCCAACUACAAAGGAUCCUACUGCACUUUUGGGACGCUGCAAUUUUGUUCCCCUUUUAAUUUUCUUAAGGGGAGGAGCCGGAUUAGAGAUGAAACUGUGUGAUGUUAAAGACGUCAGGCUGCUCACCUUUGACACGGUCCACAAGUCUGCCACCUGAGCCCUUCUUAAGCCUACAUCUCAACCUAAAACUAUCCACAUAACAAAUGGCACACACCUGAUAAUACUUGACCAAUGGGUAGUCCAUCGGUAGUGUUGGGAUACCCAUCAUCUUCAUGGAAGAAACACUAGUUCGUCCAUCUCUCCCAUGGCAAAACGUUAGCAGACCGCAAUGUUUUCUGAGAACGUUUCCAAGGACAAGACCAAUGGAGAAAACUUUCCCGUAAAAGCGGAGUUUAAUUUGCAUUUUGACGCCACAAUAGCAAAAAAGAUGUAUGUUUUAAAAAUCGACAAUGACUUGUCUCAUAACUAAAUUGAAAGUGCACCAAAUUGGUUUUUGAUCAGUUCAUCAGGAGAGAGGUGUAUACAUUUAUC